AUGUCGGCUUUGCUGACUCUGGAUGGCUGCUCGCUGGCUGGAGCAUUUUUCAGCUUGAGUCUUUCGACAGAGACUACUGGAUGCGUGAUCUCAACACCCGCGAGGCCUUCAGAGAUGCUCUGGCGGCCUAUCAACGAUCAGUUCAACCUUGCCAAGUUCGCUUUGAAAAAGUACUUUCAGGGCGAGGAGCAUGCGAUCAAGCUGGCUGAGUCGAAGCUCCAUGGAAUCACCGCACACUCUGCUCGUGUGACGCUUCUAGAUGCGGCGGUGCAUGCUGGUCGCUCGACGGAAGAGAUCGGUUUGCAGGCAAACUGGAAGAAUCCCGGUCCGCUCGUUUUGAAGUACACACGGAAUCGCACGAGUUUGCCAGCUCAGAUGGUCCAACAGCUCGUGAAGGACAUGGUCGACCACUCCCACCCGUUCGAGGUGCCACUUGAUGCGGUGCUUGACGAUGGAGCCGAGACUUCUUUUGAUGAGGUGGGUGGCACUUCGGUGGUGGCCUGUGGACGCCUCACGAUCGAGGAGUGUACGGAGACUGGCUCAGUUCUUCCUGAUCCUUCACUGCUGUGCAAGCGCUGCGCCCUAGCUCGCCCUGAUGUGGUGUCUAGGAGCGUUGAGACGUUCGCGAUGCUGGGAGAUACUAUAGCCAUGGUCAAGCAGACGAUCAAGACCACUUCGCAGCUCGCAGGGCCACUGAAAUCCCUGGUGAAGACCAUGCUGAAUUCAGAGAGACGUUCGUCUCCAGGCACCCCGAUGUGGUCCUUCCAAUCCAUCGUGAGCCACACCGCAAGUUCGUGGAGCGAGUCCAAAAGGAUCACCUCGUCCACGGUUUUGUUCACUUCUAUGACCGCUAGUUCAGAGACCCAGGUCAUGGACAAGCUCCACCCGUUCUUCAUCACCUUAGAGUACCUCAACACUUGUGAGUUCUCCUUCAAGGCUGGUCCGCUCAAGUACCUGGCCGAACUGGAAGAGUGGCGGCAUGAGAACCGUGGCCUUGCUCUGCUCCUGGCGGCGGACUCGCUGAUCAGGAAGAAAGUCCAUCGGGUGAGCUCGGAUCAGCCGAAGAAGUUUAGCACCUUUUCCGCGGCUCUUUUGGAGGCCAAGAAGAAUCGCAAUCGGUGUGCUCGCCAGAAAGCUCAGCUUCAGCAGGCCAAAGCAGUUCUAGCAAAGAACUCUGAUCGAGAUAAGCCAGACAGCAAGAAGCCGUCUCGCGAUGCUCGUGGGACUGCGGCUCCCUGCCCAGCUCUGGGCCUAGCGAAAGGCAGCAAUGACGGCUCUCUCAGUUCUGCUGAGCGCAGCUCGAGCCCUUCGUCAGUCGAAGGGAUCACGGGAGCCGUUCAGCUCGCGCCCAUUGACAUCGUGCUCUCCGACAUGGUCAAAGAAGUCUCAGAUGUGGUGGAUGCUCAAGUGUGGCAGCGUGUGGUGCGUGUUCUACGCGAAGGGGUGGUGUUCUACCUGCACUGUGGCACGCCCUGCAACACUGUUUCUUCUGCUCGCAAAGAUGACGUAGGCCAACCACCUCUGCGCUCACUGGAGUAUCAAAUGGGACUGCCGGAUCUGCUUGUAUCAUUGUUUUUGAUCACGGUCACUUAUGUGAUGGAUAAUUUGAUCUUCCACGCUCGGGCUCUGGCCAUUGAUCUGGAACAAUGUGCAUUUGGGGCUCCCUCCCGCGAAACUAUUCGAUUGGAGUGCUCCAACGAACUGUUUGAUCCCUUGGCCAUCAAUUGCCCUGGCGGUCAUGACCACAUCCAGCUCAAGGGCAAGGUCACCGACCCAACAACGGCCCAGUGCGUGUUCAAGACCAAGGCAGCUCAGGUCUACCCUUGGGUUUUGUGCGCGGCAUUCGCCUCAGUGGUGCAUGCUCUUUGGCAGGAUCCUUUUCAACAUUUACAGGCUUCCUUUCAGUUGGUCACGCCUGCCAUGGAAGCGGCAACUGGGCUCCAGCAAGCCGUGGCUUGGCCAUCCAACGUGCUCAGUGGGCCGGAUAUCAGCUCAAGCGUGGUGCAGCCAAGCCGCUCUUGCACAUUGAAAUGGAGAAAGCCUUACGCGAGCUCCAGCGACCGGCGCAUGAAGUUGUUCAACAUCGAGGGCAUUUGCUCCGCUGUUGGUCACAGAUCGCCAUUGACCUGCUGCCGCAAUCUGUGCAAGCCAUUCGCCAGUUACCGGAUGCUCCGUGAAGGCCGCUCCUUGGCGGGGCGGAUCACGAACAACCAGUUCUUGGUCAGGUUUGCCAUGUCGCCUUGUACGCAGCCAUGCUCGAUGCGUGCCAAUCAGUUGACCGUGCUCUGCCUCAGUUGCUCUUGGAAGGCUUUCCCAUUGUGGGCGAAAUUGCUCGCACAGGAUAUCCCCGUUCGGGAAGCUCUUGGUAGGGCCUGGGCAAUCAGACGGAAGAUCAUCCAGCGGGUUGCUCAUGUCCCUGUCACCGAGAACCUUCAGAAAAUUUGGGAGGCCUCAAUCGAGGAUGUGCAAGAGUGCUCGUGCUUAGGUCCUUUUUCGCAGGAAGCUCAAGUUACUGAGAUCCUAGGAUGUGAAGAUUGGAUCCCAACCCAGAGAUUUGAAGUCGUUCAAAAGAACAAGGUCAGGGGAUGCGAUAGUGCAACUACGAACAUGAUCAACCAGGUCACGAAGAUCACUGAGAAGCUUCAGCUCCCCUCAACUGUCACCAAUGUGGCGGCGCUGAGGAUGUUGAGGUCGAUCAAGCCUGAUGAAAAGUUGGCAGGCUGGGUGCUCGAUGAGCUGAAGGCAUACCGACAAGUGGCUGUUCGUCCUGAUCACCGCAAGUUCUCGGUCAUUUGCCUCAAGAACCCCAAGUCUGGUGCUCCAAAUUCUUCAUCAUGGUUGGCCACUCCUUUGGGCUCGCCUCGUCCAAUCGCCGUUCGGCAGCUAUCAACGAGUUCCUGCGUGUCAUUGUUUGGAUUGGUUGGAGUUCAGCUUCUAUGA